GAGAAUGACAUACCAGGGGCCAAACUUGACUUGAGCAUUAUAGAAACCUACCUUAAGCCUCAGAUGAAGCUUUGGCUACAAACUCGUGGCUUGCCUGUUAAAGGAAGAAAAGCACAAUUAAUAGAGAGAAUACGUAAUCACAAGGAAAGGGCCUUUAAAAUAGACCCUGCGUAUGAUAAAGGGCAAGCCUACGAAGCCAAAAGGAAAAAAAUCAUGGCAGAACUUGACAAUGGAAGAAAACAAGCCCCAAUGAUGCCUAUUGGAGCUUUAUGGAAACCCUUUCCCAGUGUCCACAUUCCAAACAAUUACUCUAGCAGUAAGGCAAGAGACUAUCUGGAGAGAAUACCAGAAGUAAGAUUUUCAUAUGCAGAGGGAGUGAUCUUGGUGAAGGAUAAAGAAGGGGAGACCAGGGAGACCACUGAUGACGAGGAAGAAGACGACCUCUAUGAUUUUUCCCAACCCACACAAGAGGACAGAAAAAAACUCUUUGUUGAUGGUACUCUGAAGCGUGCCAAUAAUUUCAUUGAUAGUGGAAGAGUACUGUCUGUCCUUGACUGCCAGAGGGACACACAUUACUUUGUCAAAGCCCAGGUCCAGGCAUCGUUGAGAAACAAAUUCUUUACUGUCCAAAUUAUGAUGGCGAAGGGCAGUGGUUCCAUCUGCUUCACUGACUGCCAAUGCAAGGCAAAGGCUUUAGGAAGGUGCUGCCACAUUAUGGCCGUCCUUCUCCUUAUUGGACGUCAUGUAGCCAACAGAGGCCAUGAAGCUGUGACAUGCACUGGCAGGGAAUGCUACUGGCUGGCUGCUGGGGAAACACUGGAAAAGCGCCCUGGUGUUGUGCGGAGCAAAGACGAAUAUUAUUUGAAGACAAAGUUUCACAGGCAAGGGCAUUUUGACCCUCGCCCUACCAGCCAACAAAAUAAUGAUGACAACACAAGAGUAGAGAAAUUAAUUACAUUAGUUUCAAAAAUGCCUCAAAAGAUUUUAUGGUUUUAUCAGCUACAACCAAAGCCGGAGCAGCAGCGCCAGCGGCCUGCUGUAGAAUGUGAGGAGUAUCCUGAUCCUGCAAUGACUGAAAGACUAGCUGAAAUGUGCUCCCAUCUCCUUUGGAAUUUGAACCAAAUCAGGCAUCAAUCUACAAAUCAACCGUUGCACCUCUCAGGAACUGAAUCUCAGUCAACCAGUGCUUCUUGGUUUUCUCAACGAGCAGUGAGAGCCACUGCUUCAGUCGCCAAACAGUUUCUGGGGCUCCUUUCCACUAAUUCAACACCUACUGGAAAAAUUAACUUUUUCCGUUAUCACCUGUGGGGAAUAAGCAAGUUCCCUGAAGGAAAAAGGAUGGGACCUAGAGCGAAGAAAGCAAAGGAAGCAAUGGAAUAUGGAAGUGCAAUGGAAGGUAAAGCAAGGAGAGCGUACAUUCAAUCAUUGAAGGAGGUCGACCCUAGCUUGGAUGUGAUAGAAACUGGCAUGUGGGUGAACCCAAAGUAUCCAAUGCUGUCCUGCAGCCCAGAUGGAGUAAUUGUUGACGUGAAUGGAUUUUUGAAACUUCUCGAAAUUAAAUGUCCUGCAGUGUUGAAAGGUAUCGACCCAGCUAAGUUCGAAACACUUCCCAAAAACCAACUGAAGUCCUUCUGCCUCAAACGUUGCCAAACCACUGGGAAAAUUGAGCUUAAGAGAAACCAUAAGUGGCACUUCCAAGUUCAAAUGUCCAUGGACAUUUUAAAACUGGAUAAGUGUGACUUCAUCGUUUUUUCAGAGGUGAACAAUGAGCCCAAGUUUUUGUGUGUCGAAGUUACUUAUGAAGAGGCCUUUUGGCAUGAAAAGAGAGAAAGACUGAUAAGAGCCCACCGAGAAAUGCUGGUGCCAGAAUACUUCUUAUGUAAUGCAGUGUUCCAAAAGCCAAUCCUUCAAAUGGUGUACACUGCAUUUCAUGAGGAGCAUGACGACCCACAUUUCUGGUACGGCUGUGACCCUGACUUCGUUUUUCCUGCGGAAAAUGAAUCCGAAGUACUGAUUAAUGUUCCAAUGUAG